UUAUGUUUGCUUUUCUCAACAGAUACAGAACAUGAUCUCCGAAAACGGGUUGAAGGCCGACUCAUUGACUUCAAUGCACACCUACUUUUGUAUUUGACUUAAAGUGCCAUGAGAAAGUUUGCAUAUUGCAAGGUGGUCCUUGCCACCUCGCUGGUUUGGGUUCUUUUGGAUAUGUUUUUGCUGCUUUACUUCAGCGAAUGCAACAAAUGUGAUGAGAAAAAAGAACGAGGCCUACCUCCCGGGGAGGUUCCAGAACUGGUACAAAAACCACAUGAAGGCCCUGGAGAAAUGGGAAAACCUGUUGUCAUUCCUAAAGAGGAUCAAGAAAAAAUGAAGGAUAUGUUUAAAAUAAAUCAGUUUAAUUUAAUGGCGAGUGAAAUGAUUGCACUCAACAGAUCCUUACCUGAUGUCAGAUUGGAAGGGUGCAAGACAAAGGUGUAUCCUGACAACCUGCCUACAACAAGUGUUGUCAUUGUCUUUCACAAUGAAGCUUGGAGCACUCUCUUGCGAACUGUUCACAGUGUCAUAAAUCGAUCCCCACGACAAAUGCUAGAAGAAAUUAUACUGGUCGAUGAUGCUAGUGAAAGAGACUUUUUGAAGAGACCCUUGGAGAAUUAUGUGAAGAAGUUAAAAGUACCAGUUUAUGUGAUUCGAAUGGAGCAGCGUUCUGGAUUGAUUCGAGCCAGGUUGAAAGGCGCCGCUGCCUCGAAAGGCCAAGUCAUCACAUUCCUAGAUGCUCAUUGUGAAUGUACAGUAGGAUGGCUGGAACCUCUGUUAGCACGGAUAAAAGCCGACAGGAGAACGGUAGUUUGUCCUAUAAUUGAUGUCAUCAGCGAUGAUACCUUUGAAUAUAUGGCAGGUUCUGAUAUGACUUAUGGUGGAUUCAACUGGAAGUUGAAUUUCCGAUGGUAUCCUGUUCCCCAGAGAGAAAUGGACCGAAGGAAAGGUGAUAGGACCCUUCCAGUCAGAACCCCUACAAUGGCAGGAGGCCUUUUUUCCAUAGACAGGGAUUAUUUUCAGGAAAUCGGAACAUAUGAUGCUGGAAUGGAUAUAUGGGGAGGAGAAAAUCUAGAGAUUUCAUUUCGGAUUUGGCAGUGUGGUGGAACUCUGGAAAUCGUGACAUGUUCACAUGUUGGCCAUGUUUUUCGAAAAGCCACUCCUUAUACUUUCCCAGGAGGCACAGGACAGAUUAUCAAUAAAAAUAACAGACGACUUGCAGAAGUUUGGAUGGAUGAGUUCAAGAACUUUUUCUAUAUCAUUUCCCCAGGAGUUACAAAGGUUGAUUAUGGAGACAUAUCAUCACGAGUUGGAUUAAGACAGAAGCUGCAAUGCAAGCCCUUUGCUUGGUACCUUGAGAAUGUUUAUCCUGAUUCCCAAAUUCCACGCCACUAUUUCUCUUUGGGAGAGAUACGAAAUGUGGAAACGAAUCAGUGCCUGGAUAACAUGGCAAGAAAAGAAAAUGAAAAAGUUGGGAUUUUUAACUGUCACGGAAUGGGUGGCAAUCAGGUUUUCUCAUACACAGCCAACAAAGAGAUUCGAACAGAUGAUUUGUGCUUAGAUGUCUCAAAACUGAAUGGCCCAGUCACAAUGCUCAAGUGCCACCACUUAAAAGGCAAUCAGCUUUGGGAAUAUGAUCCAGUGAAAUUAACCCUGUUGCAUGUGAACAGUAACCAGUGCCUGGAUAAAGCCACAGAAGACGACAGUCAGGUGCCCAGUAUCAGAGACUGCAAUGGCAACCGUUCUCAGCAAUGGCUUCUGCGCAACGUCACCCUUCCAGAAACGUUCUGAGAAGAUUUCUAGGCAAAGGAUUGACUGGGCUCCCCCAGCAAGCAUAACGGGCUGCAGCCUUCUGUGGCAGGCGGUGGCUUCCCGGCGUCCCAGCCGCUAGGACAGACUCUUCUGCACCCCCAAGAGCUGUGAGCUAGCCAGGGAUGUGGAGCAAAUGAGCACUUCUGAAUCGGAACACUGAUGUUUACAAGAUCAAAAAAUCUUUCAUCAACUAAUAUAGAACGCUUGGACAGGCAAGGAGUAACCAAGGAAAUAUGCUCUCAGGAGAGUGGCAUUAAUCUAGUUUGCUUGUACAGUGGUAAUCUUGGCCAAAAGUGCUGUCAUGAAGAUUUUUGCAUCGUUAAUAACCAAGGUAUCAAAACUUAGACACAAAUAGAAGUGAAGCAGAUACAACAUCACAAGAUUUUUUUAAAAAACCAUUAAUCAACGAAAUGUGUAAACAGGGUUUAGAGGCAAAAGCAAAUAGAACUAUAAAAAGUACAAUUUGUAAUACUUAAAGCAUCAAAUUUAUAUGUAGAUUUUUUUACCUCAGUGGAAAAAAAUAUCCAAGUGAACAACAACUUUAUGUUCAACUGUGUGGUAGUCCAUUAAUAUAUUUUUCCUCCCCUGAUGGGUCUGAAAUUAUUUUGGGCAAAAACGAAAUUCUGAACAUAAAUAAAAUUGGGUCUUUGAAUGUCA